AUGUACCUUGGUGGAGGGCGCAUCCCCCUCUGCACAGCGCCUGCUUGUAAAGAGAACCAGUGCGGUGCAAUGCCCUUCCAUUUCUCUCUAUAUAUAAUAUAUAUAUAUAUAUUAUUACCAUUACCAUUAUUAUUAUUAUCAUUAUUAUUAUUAUUGUUUUUCUUCCGAUUCCGUUUCCUUAUUUACUCACUUAUCAGGCUAUUUAUAUCUUGA